GAGCAGAGGACUAAUAAUACCCCUGUGCUGGAGCUACAGCGAGCUGCAGACCCAAAGCCCAGGUCCCAGAGAGUCAAUGAUGCUCCUGUUGGAGAUGGGGAAGAGUUCUUCAGACCCUCCUCGGACAUGGUUCAAGUGUGGCAAGACCUGGAGAUGGAGGAGGUCAAUGGGACCCUUGAGGAACCCAAGGGUUCCAAUGGUACAGAGGAAAUUGUCCAUCCCAGAUCACAUCUAUCCCGGAAGGGGGGAACCAGCAGAAAUGGCCCUGAAGCUGAGUACAUCGAGCCCAUGAGGAUCCUGGAGGAGUCAAACAUGGGCAGUGUCUCAGAGGAAUCCCCAGUCCAAUUACCCAUCACAAUCGCCCCAGACCCCUUCUCAGGGCAUGAGUCCUGCAAGAAUAAGACUCCCAAGUCCUGGGAGAGAGGCGGGGUCAGUGACGCUCCACUCCCCAGGAUAAUCAGUCUGUGUUCAGGGGUAGAGGAGGACCUGAUCCUGCAGGACAUGGAGAAGAUGAAGAACAAGGUGUUCCAGCUGGCCCGCCAGUACAGCCAGCGCAUCAAGAACAGCAGGCCUGUGGUGAGGCAGAGAAACAGGGAGGCUGAGAAACACCUUGCUCUCAAGAACCUGCCAGCUGUCUACGAGGAGAAGGUCCAAAAGAGAGACUGGGGUAGAGCUAACCUGAUGAUGUCACUCAACUCCUAUGAGCAGGUGGUCGUGCAUGAGCUGAGGAGCCCAAGCCCAGCCCCAAGCCUCAGUUCUGGGGCCAGCUCACGGGUCAUGUCCCCUUGUCCCAACGGUCCUCCGAGCCCAGUGCAGACAGAGAUUUUCCACUGGCCAGAUGUCCAGGAGCUGCGCUCUAAAUACACUAACCCCAGGCUGGACCCGGGUUCCUCCCACGCCUCACCUGUCAGUCGUAGCUGCUCCGUCCCAGAGAGGAUGGAGAGUUGCACUGAGGGGUUCAGCACCUCAUGGGGCCCCACUGGCUAUUCAUCCAGCUCCAACGGCUCCACAGAAAUUAACAGUGCCCUAACAGACUCCCUUGAGACUACGUCAUCCAUGGCCCACCGGGGUGGUGGCUCUGUGGGGAAGGCUAAGCCCCAGCCCCCGCUGCGCAGGUGGAACUCUUUGGAUCACAUGCUGGGAACACUGCCUCUACAUGAACUGCAAAACCUCCAGGUGCCCACGAGGAGCUGUUACGUGGCUGGUCAGACCACCCUGCCCAACGAGCACAAGGUUAUUAUAGUGGAGAGGGUUCCUGGCGCAAGGCCAGUGGAGACUGGAGGGAAGGAGAGAGUAGAGGAGCAAGGAGCUAAAGGAAAGGGCCAACUCAAAAUCUUGAAAAGCCUCGACUACCAGUACUGUGCCAAGGGGUCUCCACUGACUUCAGGCAAAAAUACUGAGGGUAGUCUGGUAAAAAACUUACGGGUGAAAUUCCAGAACUUGGGUUCAACAACACAUGAACACUUGAAAACUGUAAAGACCAUGCCUAUUUGAUUGCAAUCUGUAAAUCAUGAAACAAGCCUUCUCUUACCUAAAUAUGAAAUUGACAUUGAUACAUAUGAAUAUUGUCCAGUAACAACUGCUACUGUUUUAUGAUUUCCAAAAUUAUUUUCUACUUCCUUUUUGUCCGUGUUAUCUUUUCAGUUACUGGUAUGAUUUGUGGUAAUGUAACCUCUGGUGUUAUCUACAAGGGAUAUUGAACUGUCAAGAGAGCACCCCAUGGGAAAUGAUGUUGUGACUUUGUAAAAUGUGUAAAUACGUGUACAUUUGUCUUGUUCUUACACCAUCAUGAAAUCUGUAUAUGUAAAGAGAAUGAGUAUGAAACUGGUUUUGUUUAAUAUUUGAGGAAAAAAAACGUCAGCGUAUUAGAGCGUAGAUCUGUCCAGAUUACCACUUUCCUUUUUUUUGCUGGAUCACUUAGAAUAUUUUCUCCCACAAUGCAAUGGUCACCCUCCAUUUGUGAUUCAAGUGUGAGGGUCAUAAGCAAGGAAAUGGUGAAAAGAGAUUCGGGGAAUGAACAAUUAAUAUAUAAAGGGGAGUAAAUCUGGAAGGCUGUGCCACCAUCUAAGUGAUUACUGCAGAUUUACAGCCAAGACGGCGCCAUUAGGACUUGCUCAUCCCUAUUUGACCUUUGACCAAAGUGUUUAUCCCUUAGUUUUGUCAUAAUGGGAGAUAUAUGGUCUGUGCUGUCUACUAUUCAGCCCACUGUGCCACAUCUAGCACUAUCAUUGUUUUCAUACAUCACUGGAACUGUUUUUCUGAUUCUUAUAUAUUUCCCUUGUUAUUUAUAAAAUGAUCAUCGUCUUCAUACAAAUAUUGACCAAUAGUUGUAGACUUUUCCAAUCCAGAAACUGCGCAGAAUAAUUUAAUGCUUGAAAUGGCUUAUAUUCUCAAUAAAAUCAGAUAUUAAAUGUACAUAAUUAUUUGUGGUUCCUUUUGUCAGUAGGAAAAAUGAUCUAAUAUGAAAAAUGAAUGAAGGCAUGUUUUUGGUUGCUUGUAAAUUUUUUUGACUUUUUUUGGAAGUAGGCUACAUACCGGCCGUAACGGGAGUAAAUUAAGAUGAUAGCUCAGCGAAAGUCCAUAUUUGAACAUAUUUUGACAUAACGGUUGCAGAGCUGUAAUGGGAGUUUGAAUCUUAGCUUCCUGGGCAUUAGAGAGGAGACUCGUCAUACUAAUUGUAGACAUCUUUAACAGAUACUGUGGCAGAUGAAACCUGGUUUGUAUGUCUGAUAUGAUCCCAUUAGGCUGUGUCUAGACUUGACAGUUCAUACAGCUUCUGAUCAUUGAGUUCUGAUCAUGGAAUUCCGAAAGUGUCAUGCAUCUAUACACUUACAUUUACACUGAACAAAAAUAUAAACGCAACAUGUAAAGUG